AUGGACCCCGAAAAGGCAACUUCGAAUAAAGCCACCAAAGAUGAUAUCACAGCCGCCAACAAUGUUCGUGGUAACAUCAGGGCGGACGAUCAGUCCUCCGAUAUGAAGGUAGCAGAGGUACUCGAUGCUUUUGGUAAUGAGGAAGGCGCAGAGGUUCAAUACAAAACCAUGACUUGGUGGCAAGGAGCAAUCGUUAUGAUUGCUGAAAAUAUCUCCCUUGGUAUCCUUUCUCUACCAGCUGUUUUGGCCAAGGUUGGUCUCAUUGGUGGUCUCAUCUCGAUUCUUGCUCUCGGUGUUUUCACUACAUAUUCUGGUUACAUCUUGUGGCAAUUCAAAAUGCGAUAUCCUCAGGUUACAACUUAUGUAGACAUUGGUGGUAUCUUGAUGGGAACCUGGGGAAGAGAGAUCUUCGGUGCUGCUUACGUCAUUUAUUGCAUUUUCUGCAUGGCAUCGCAUCUUUUGACUUUUACCAUUGCCAUGAAUGUUCUCACGAACCAUGCAACUUGUACUAUCAUCUGGGGUGUCGUUGGAUUGGUUGUCUUCAGUUUCCUCUCUUUGAACAGAACCCUCAAGAAUGUCUCGUUCUUGUCCAUUGUUUCAUUCACCAGUAUUCUUUCCGCCGUCGUCCUCACCAUGGUCGCCUUGGGUGUAUCGCCAAAAGCCGACGCCACAGACAUGAAGGGAACUUACAGCCCAUCAUUCCCAACCGCUUUCAACAGUAUUUCCAACGUUGUUUUCGCAUACGGUGGUCACGUUGCCUGGGUCAGCUUCAUUGCUGAACUCCGCGAUCCAAAGGACUUUCCAAAGUCUCUCGUCCUUCUUCAAACUGUCGAUAUCAGUCUUUACUUCGUCGCUGCUCUCGUCAUUUACAGAUAUGCUGGUGAAGAUGUCGCAAGUCCAGCUCUUAACAGCAACAGUCCUAUUGUUCGCAAGGUUGCAUGGGGAAUCGCUUUACCAACCAUUAUUAUCGCAGGAGUUAUCUUUGCUCACGUCACUGUUAAAUAUAUUUACAUUCGACUUUUCUCCGGAACCAAACACUUGAACAGUCGAGGAUUGAUCGCCACCGGAACUUGGAUCGCUCUCGCUUUCGGAACAUGGACUGUCGCGUGGAUUAUUGCCGAAUCCAUUCCCGUCUUUUCCGAUCUCCUCGGUUUCAUUUCUGCUCUUUUCGCGUCUUGGUUUUCUUACGGUCUCCCUGGUAUCUGCUGGUUUUAUAUCAACUGGGGAUCAUGCAUGCAAGGCUCCAAGCAAAUCUUCUUGAGUUUCGUUAAUAUUGUCUUGAUUAUUUUAGCGUGCAUUAUGUGUUUUGCGGGUUUAUACGCUAGCGGUUAUUCUAUGAACUUGGAUACUGCUACUUCUCACGGUGCUUGGUCUUGUGCGGAUAACCAACAUUAA